AUGCCCUCGCGAUCUCCGUCACGAGGGCGGUCUCCUACGCGAUCGCAUACGCCAACUUCCGUACAACGAGCACCUUCUCCACCCUUCAAUCGUUCACGUUCGCCGCGUCGGUCGCCCUCACCACGAUCGCGUUCUCGCUCCCCUUCGCGGUCCAGAUCCAGAUCAUACACUCGGUCGUCUCCGCCUCGCGAUGGGCGCAAUGGGCAUGGGCGGGGGAGAAGCCCCAGCCGAAGCACGACGCGCAGCAGGAGCAGGAGUCCAAGUCGCGGUGACAGGAGGUCUUAUAGAGAAAGAAGCUACACGCGCAGCCCCAAUCGAGACAACCGACGGGUGCAGAGCUCCAAGAUUGUGGUGGAAAAGCUCACCAGAAAUGUGACCGAAGCCCAUUUGCGCGAGAUCUUUGGCUCAUACGGUCGCAUCGAGUCGAUUGACCUCCCACUGAAUAAACAAUUCCUGACAAAUCGCGGCACGGCAUACAUUCUUUACGAUCAUCCUUCCGGUUCGGAAUCUGCCAUUGCUCACAUGCAUGAGGCCCAACUGGAUGGUGUCGUCAUUUCUGUGAGCAUUGUGCUUCCUCGCCGGGCUUUUUCGAGAUCACCGCCUCCAGCCAGAUCCUCCCGAUAUGGCCCACUACCCUCCCGUUACGGACCACCUCCAAGGGGACCUCCUCCACCGAGAUAUCGAAGCCCUCCCACCAGGAGAGGCGGCUACGGUGGAGGGAGGCGAGCAGCAGAAGACGACACGUACGUCCCACGCGACACAUAUUCAAGGUCUCCUUCACCGCCCAGGCGGCGUCGGCGGUCACCGUCAUAUUCCAGAUCCCCAUCUCGGACACCGCCUCGAAGACGUGGCCCACCUGCUCGAAGUCCACCAAGGCGGAGAAGACGCAGUCCAAGUUACAGUUCUCGGAGCAGUUACAGUCGGAGUAGAAGCAGAAGCAGAAGUCGGUCAAGAAGCAGACCCAGGUAUGGGGGAAGAAGAUGA